UCCUCCUCCUCCCUCCUCCCCUGAGUUGAAAAUGGAGUUCGAUUAAAGCAGAUGUCCACCAACUUCUCCAGGAGAUUCAAACACCGGGACGUCCUCGCUUCUCUCGGCCCCGGGCGGUGAUACACAAACCAGGCGGAGGAGGGCUUCCUUGUUGUGCUCCUUCUCCCGGUGCUGCUCUGGAUGCCUUUACUGCAGAUUCCUCGGACACGUUGACGGAGCAACGCCGCACAGCGCUUUUUUUCUUCUUCUCGUCCUCCUCCUUCUCGUCCUCCUCCUCCUCCUCCACCUCCUCUCCCCCCAAAGCGUUGUCCUGGACCUGAAGUUGGCGAAUGGAUGCUCGACACUCAGCCAUAAAUAACCUGCCGAGCACCACGGCUUGUCCCUGCGUUUUCUACAGGAUCUAUGCGCAUUAUUUUUAAUUUUUUUGUUUUUUUUGCAAAAGCGGAGGGGUGAUCCGCGAUUUCGCCCGGAGAGGAUGGUGCCCUCGGCCCAUUUGUUGUGGUGGGAUUUUACUUCCAGGGAGGACAAAAUGAAUCAACGGUUGUCAUUCCUCCUCGCGAUUUAACGUUAGUUCCAGCCAGCGAGGCUAACGUUAAGCUAGCUCCUCUCUUUGGAGGUUUUUUUCCCCCCCUUCCUCCCCUCUCUCCCCUCGCAGGGACGCUUUUAUCCGGGCAAUGCCCCAUCGCACGUCCUCUGCCCACUACCCGAAAUAAGAGGUGAUUUGUACAUGCGAAGGAAAAUGGUGAUAUUCGUGGUAUUCUGUCCCGCCGUCACUGCGUCGUCGAUGCUAUUGCUAGGACUUGGAUCCCCGUGAGGAAAAAAAUGAGUGAAGAUUCAACAAAUCCAAACAACGAUGACAGUUAUGCGCGUGUGAGAGCAGUGGUCAUGACUCGGGAUGACUCCAGCGGUGGGUGGCUUCCCCUGGGGGGCGGAGGCCUUAGCUGUGUCACUGUGUAUAAGGUCAGCCGGGCGGAGGACAGCGGCAGCACCCACAGUGGAGGCAGCGGAGGAAGCAGCAGCAACCUCGGCCGCUGUAGCCCCAGUCCUAGUCCAAGUCCCAGUCCCAGUCCUAGCCCCACUGCUGUGGAGUUCCACAUCAAGGGCGAGAGGCUCAAAGACAAAUUGGUGGUCCUGGAGUGUGUCCUACAGAAAGGCAUUGUAUACAACAAGGUCAACCCCAUCUUCCACCACUGGAGAAUCAACGACAAGAAGUUUGGACUGACGUUCCAGAGCCCUGCUGACGCCCGGGCCUUUGACCGAGGCAUACGCCGGGCCAUUGAGGACAUCAACCAAGGAUGUCGGCCGUUUGGGGAAGACGAUAUUCCUGAGGAUGGACUACCGGUGUGUGAUGAGCCUCCCUCCAUCUGUACGCCAAUGAAAGAGCCAUUUUCCCCCCUGAACAACGUUGUCUCCAACGAGCCAUUCAGGGGCUGCUACGUCCGCGCCCAGCCCUUUGACGAGUUCCCCUCCAGCAACCGCCGCUACCUGCCUCCACAGGUCUCCUUCAAGUCGACUCGUCAUGUCAGUUUCCACAUGGACGAAGAGGAGAUCGUUCGCAUCAACCCACGCAAAGACGUCAUCCGUGGCUACGAGGACUACCGCCACCCUGUCAUGUGGAAACAGGAGGCUGACCGCGAGGACAUGGACUUCCCCUCCGCCUUCCACAAACUGGACAAGAAGUGCGAGUACCUCUUCCCCGACGGCCCUGGUGGGGACUCCCACUCUGGCCCUGGUUUGGGAAUUGGAACAGGUAUGGGGCUGGGUUUGGGCAAGGACACAGCCAUCAAGACUCAGCCCUCGCCCCUGUUUAAGAAGGGCCGGCGGCGGCGAGAGGACGGUGAGCGCUCACGCUGCAUCUACUGUCGAGAGAUGUUUAACCACGAAGACAACUGGCGGGGGCAGUGCCAAGAUGCCCCCGACCCAAUCAAGCAGUGCAUCUACAAAGUCAGCUGCAUGCUGUGUGCCGAGAGCAUGCUGUACCACUGCAUGUCCGACUCCGAGGGCGACUUCUCAGACCCCUGCUCAUGUGACACAUCUGACGAGCAGUUCUGCCUACGCUGGCUGGCCCUGGUGGCGCUCUCCUUCAUCGCACCCUGCAUGUGCUGCUACCUGCCCCUGCGCGCCUGCCACCAUUGUGGCGAGGCCUGCCGCUGCUGUGGGGGCAAGCACAAGGCUGCGGGGUGACCCGACUCCGGGCUCUGGGACACCCUCAAAGCUAGCUAACACAGGAAGUGGAUAAAAGCGGAAAAUUAAAAGCCGGCAUCCUUUUUUCAUUCCCCUCUCAGACGGGGUGAUAUGUUGUUGAUCCCCAGCUCUGAGGGCUUUUGGAGAUUUCAGUUUGUGUUUGUCGCCGACAAGCAGCAGUGGAGGACAAACCAUAUGCUUUGUGGGGGCUCUGAGCAUCAAGCUAAGUUCAGGAGCUUAAUCUAAGGAGAGGAAGAGGAAACUUCAAGAUUAAUAGACUUGGAGAUGUUACUAAACACACCUGUACACACACACACACACAAACACAUUCACACACAUGCAUUGAUGGAGCCAGGCCACAAAUAUCAGAACUCUACUACAAGUUAUGUGUAACUUUAUGAAGGAAAAUUGUCUUUGUACAGAGAGCAGCAAAAUAACGACAAAAAAAGAAAACAAAACAAUUCUGCAUUCAGAAAACUACUUGCUGUUUGAGUAUGCUAAAAGGGAUAUGUUCUUGCUUUUUUGUGAAUUUGCAGUUGGGUAACAGUGGCCUUUCCUUCAUGGCUUAAGCAUUUGCUGACAAUGUAAAGACUGGACAAGAAGACAAGUGCACUAGAAAUGGUAUUUCCCCCGUUAAGUAAACAUACCCCUCUCAAAUUCUUGGGGUACUCAAGCCACCAUAUUUACUGUAAUUCUAACAUUUGAGAGAUGUUGCUGUGGUGGAUGUUUGGCCAAUUGAUUUUGCCUGUUUCUGCAGGAACAGCUGGCAUAGCUUUUGACAUUCAUAAUAAGAUGUUUCAAUGAUUACCUUGCCUUCCCGAGGUGAUUCAGACCAUCUGAUUGCAUUCCAAAAUAAAGGGAUCGAUUCCAUGAUUAGAAGGGAAAAAUGGUAACGACUCUACCAUGCUUAGUUCCCCGAAAAUAGUGUUUUCAACACCACAAAAACAGCAUUAGAACCUCUUGAACCAUUCAAAUCCAAACCGGAUACAUGACGAUUUCAUUUACUCCAGUGAAUCUCACUUUUGGUCCUUUUAUUUACUGCUGUAGUGAAAUUGUUGUUUUGUUUCCUCAUUGUUAUUUUUCCUGCUCAUUUUAUAAUUAUUUUUUGAAACAAAGGCUGAAAUGUUGCUCAACCAGCAAGUUUUGUUUUGGUGAGUACAGGGGUUCCAGUGCUCCUUGGUUAAAAUGACGAGGCACUUAAAUUAGGCUAUUCUUUGAUUGAGAACACCCUCAGAUUUUGGAAUUAGUCUGUACAUAAAUUGUUUUACUAAUUUAAACAUCUAAUUUGGUGUGAGGGGAAACCCUCCUCUAAGCACUGCUCUCCAAACUUUGGUUGCAGCACCCUCUUCAAAUUCCCAUAUUUGUCCCAUGAAUCGUUUGUUUUCUCAAGUUCUCAUCUUAUAUCUCGUGUAAGCGUAGUACUGUCGUUGUUCUGAAGUUAGUCCACUCCUUCCAUGUGUCUUCAUUUAAAACCAGGCCCUGAGUGAAUGAAUGCAUUGUUGCAGGAAUACCUUAGAGUAUCUUAGUCAUGUUUAAAAAAAGAAAAGACAAAAAACAUCCAGAUGUUAUGAAUGUGUGUGUGUGUCAGUGUGCGGCGUGUGUGUUUGUGUGCAUGUGUGUGUGUGUAGGUCUUCAUAUGCACUGGUGAUCUGAUGUCAUGUAACGUUACCACUGACCAUGUGAUUAAGGCUUUGACUCUUCACAGUACUGACCCAGCAUCAGGUUUCACAAAACGUCCUCCUGUCCUGUCUAAAAGUGA